AUGCUUCACGAGAUCCUCCUGUCCUUAUCCGGUCUCCAGUCACCGAUCUGGUCGCAGGUGCGGGCUCCAGCAGGAUCAGGCGACGAAAAGACAUUCAACCAAUAUGUUUCGCCCCCAGAGCGGGCUAUGCUAGCGACCCUAGCUCAUCUCCAUGACUUACACGCUCAGAUCAAGGGCGCCACCUCGAGGCUGUCCAUAACUCACCGGUCAAUGGUCUGUCGAGCAGUCAGUGCUUCAAUAGCAGACGUCCACUUGGGUAGAUUUGUGGAUAAGAUUGUAGAGGUGGAAUCCUGCAUACUGCAAAAAGAUGCUGCUUAUGUUGGAGCUUAUGAAGUUGUGCCUUUGAGUACUCUUGUGGCUGAAUUUGCACCAUGGACGAGACGAUUGGAGUGGCUAUGGUCGAUAGUCCUACAUCUGGACCCCCCAUUCAAGCAGAAUGCGAAGACCUGUUCGCCUUCCGGAGCCAGCAUCUUGGAUUUACUGGAAAACGAGACACAUACUGGUUACUCUGAUAUCGAGGACAUGGCUAUUGCUCUCUUGACCGUUGCCCAGAAGGCAUGGAUGCGAGCAGCGUCGCUGUGGGUGCUUUAUGGGAGACUUCCAACUUCUGGAGCGGAGGAUUUCUGCAUCAGGCCAAAUCCAAAGCCAUCAUCGGCCAUGGACUCAUACAUGAUCGACCCUUCCUUGACGCCAAAGUUUUUGAACCCAAGAGCAAGCAGUGCUUUGCUUUCAGCCGGCUGCGCGCUGAGUCAGUUAUAUUCGCAAACAGUGUCAUUUGGACCAUUACUGAGCGGGUCGAGUGAUGCAUCUUUGUCUUUGCUACCGACACAUUUGGCGUUGCUCGAGUCCUUACAAUACCCAUUGAAUCUCUCGUUGUUGGAGAGUACCCUGUCUUCCAUCAAUCAAUCUAUAUCGGAGAAUGCCCUGUCUCAAAUCCUGCCUCGGCCGCUAAUUAUGCAGCUACUUCUUGUCAUCUUGCGCUACGUGCUCCUCAAUCAAGGUGAAUUUGCAGUGUCCUUGAUCAAUCAUGCGGAUGAUAGGGUCGCCAAUCACCAACAAACGCAAAACACUGUUCGACCGGUCAGAAAGAUUGGAAGACUCGAUGAACUGGCAGUCAAGGAAGCUGAACUGAAGGGCAUACUGAACAAGACGAUGGCAGAAUUAUCAGCGCUGCAAGCCGAUGAUGACAUUGAAGACGACACUCUCGGCCUAGCGAAGAAAUUAUUGUCUCUCAAGGCAAUUGAUGAUAGGAAUGAGUUUGGUCAGGGUCUCGUGUCGACGCUGUUACCUACACCCACCAUUCUACACUUCACAAUCCCCACAUCCUCGCCAUUGCAUCUCUUCCUGUCCUCGAGUGAUGUUCAGUUGUAUGCAUUCAUUAAUGCGUAUUUGAUCUCUAUCCAUCGGGCAGGGCUGCACCUGUCUUCACUCUGGAAGCUGUCAUCACAUCGCAGAUGUUAUCCUUCUCCAAUCGGGCCUCCUAGAAGUGCUUCGCAAGCCGGGAGGAGGAUACUGGCAGCUCGGAGAGUACGAGACGCUAGGAGAUCGGCAAGGACAAGGGCGCAUUGGACAACUGCCAGCAGAGCUUUGUUCACGGUCAAUGAGCUCGAGGCAUUUUUGCAAGGGGAAGUGAUCCAGAGUAGUUGGGCGCAAUUUUGGAAAUGGCUGGACGGCAAUGAUAGACUCUACCCGUCAUCAGCAAAGUCGUCGAGGCCAGGCACAGGAUCAUCAACUGCCCAGAGGACAACCGGAUUAUCCAACCGUGAGGCGACCACGGUUCCAACAGAUCCGCGAACCAUGGCUGACGCCCAUCGCCGAUAUCUGCACGCCCUUAACAAUGCUCUAUUCCUUACGAAUGUUGCCUUCGUUGCAACAUUGAAAGAACUAUUGAAUCAGGUUGACCACUUCAUUGCUCUUUUUUCCCGCUUGCAGACUGUGUGGGAGGGGCUGGACCUCCAAGAGGACGAGGGUGUGCUUGACGCAUUCUCAAACUAUGCACAAGAUGAGAGAGAUGUUCUCGUCGAAAUGGACCGCACAAGAAAAUCGAUAGAGACUUCACUCUCGGAUCUCGUGGACAAAAUUCGUGACAUGGAGAAGGAGAAGCGGACGGGAGUUGGAUUGAUGACUAGCAAUCUCGAGGAGAGUCUAAGUGGAUUUCAGUUGAACGGAAACGCCACCAAAUUCAUCCCCUGGCAGGCAAGGACGGUGGAUCGGUUAGUCAUGAAACUCGAUGGUCUUGUAAUGAAGCAGGACGAGGACAGAGAUCAUGCCGCAGUCGGCCUUGUUGACGCUUUUGAUGAAUGA